GUGUCUGAUGUCUGCUUGACUGGUGCGUUAUUGAACCAACCAGAUAAGAGAAAACGAUGAGUCAUCAGGAACCUUCCACUUCUACUGCACGUGUUUCUCUGCACAGAGCCCAGGUUUCGAGAACACGGUCAGCCCAAAUGAACUUCACUCCUGCACCGGCACACCCACGGCGAAAGGCGCGAGCCAGGACUGGAGCGAUGACUCAACCGCCGCCACCGGUCUUCGAGAUCCCGACCAGGAACCGCUUUGCCGCCCUCUGCGAGACGGAAUGCAAUGCUGUGGUCAUCGGAGACUCAAUCGUCCGGAACGUACGCGCUUCCUCCACUAAAGGUAAGGUGCUCACUCAUUGUUUUCCUGGCGCCCGUGUUCUUGAUGUCUCUGCGCAGGUACCUGCGAUCCUGAAGGACGAUGCUAACGUUGGAGCUGUCGUGCUGCACACGGGGGUGAAUGACAUCAGGAUGAGGCAGUCGGCGAUCCUGAAGAGGGACUUCAGGAGUCUGAUCGAGACGGUACGCAACGCAUCGCCCACGGCGAGGAUCAUCGUAUCAAGGCCGCUUCCUACCUACCGACGAGGGAAUGAAAAGUUCAGUAGACUAUUUGCUGUAAAUAAAUGGUUGAUGUCAUGGUGUAUUGAACAGAAGCUGCUCUUUGUUUAUAAUUUUGAUCUGUUCUGGGAGCGACCUAGGCUCUUCCGCCCUGACGGCCUGCACCCCAGCAGCAUCGGAGCGGUUCUUCUGUCUGACAACAUCUCAAAGACGCUACGCACCGCUUGACUACGUCUCCCAGCGGGAGAGAUUCCGCCAGGCCCAGAUGAACGUCAUAUGCCCAUCCACAACUAGAGAUUACGCCAGCUACAUCGGAAAAUCCCGUGCCAUCCUCCUGCGAGAGCCUGCGGACUGACUGACCAUCCAGCUCCAUCCAAGGCAAUUCCAUCACCACCCAAGAAAAAGGCGACCAUCUGGCCGGCCCAGCUCAGACAAUUCCAUCCCCAACCGAGAGCAAAGACGGACUACCUGUCACAUAAAUGCUAAAUUUACAAUACUUGGUAUUUAAUGCUAAACUUACAUCACACGACAGCAGUUUGAAGUUAUGGCUGCACUCAGUGACUUUGAUUGGAGGUAGCUGGGUGGGUGUAGGGAGUGGGGGGGGGGCUUGUUGGUUGUGGUUCGGGGCGUUUCAUUUGUUGGGACUGUGUGGGUCUGGUCUGGUUGGUCUUGUUUUGUGGUCGAUGUCGGACAACAGAGGAAUAAAGUUAAUUAUGCCAUUACUACUUUUCCCUGGUUGUUCCUCUGUUGUCUGUUGUUGAUCGCGGAAUGGGACCGGGUUGGACCUGCACGUUUUCGGCGGUUGGGGCUUCCUGGGUCGCGGCUCGUGGGCUCUCCCUGUUCUUCGUGGACGUUGCUCGGUGGCUUUGGUCGGGGUCACUGAGUGCAGCUAUGACACGUCAGAGGAGAUCUGGCCCUCCCGGCUGAGCCUGGUUUCUCCCGAGUUUUUUUUUUCUCCAUUAUUCAGCAUUGGAGCUUGGGUUCCUCGCCACAGCAGAGCAGUGCAGUGUUGGCUUGCUCACCGGGAGACUGCAUUUAUUUAUUUAUUUAUUCAUUUAUUUAUUAUAAUGAUCUUGCUUGGUCUAUAAACACCAUGCACUGUGCUGUGUUUUACCUUUCUGUGUUUUUCUUAUUUGCUCCUGUAAAGCUGCUUUGGAACAAUGCACAUUGUGAAAAGCGCUAUAUAAAUAAAAUUGAAUUGAA